CUCGAUUCAACUGCAUAUCUGGUCGGUUGCCAGAUGUGAUCCACAUGCCAGAUGUGGUCGGUCGACGUGAAUGCACAUCACAUGCAGUCAUUGACUUGUGUGUCUGUACAGUCCCAAUGAAUGCCCACAUGUCAUGGCGCACACACAGAUACACGGCACCCAUCGACCAGCCAGCCAGCCAGCCAGUCAGCCACAGCACACUAACUAAGCAAACAGCCUCCCAUCCCAUCCCACAUCAAGAGCCCCUCCUGCAGGCGAACUGCAAUAGUCUACACACACAGAGGCUCGUAGAGGUACGAGUCCAUCCCUCCAUGCAUCCAUCACUGGUUGAGGGGUGGAGAGGGCAGCGCCGUGGAGCUCUCGUCGCCAGCACCACCCUAACACACACAUAGACAGGCGCAUCCAUCCAUCCAUCCAGCCCUGUUGACGCGAUGCACCACACGGAUGCAUCCAUCGAUUCUGACUCCCUCACCUCUUGGUUGCCCCCGUUCUGCCCGUUAUCGUUGUUUCCGCUCAACCCCGCCCCUCCCUCCCCGCUGCCCAUGCUAGCCUCCUCCUCCUCUUCAUCUUCUUCAUCCUCCUCAUCAUCGUCCUCAUCGUCUUCGUCUUCAUCGCCGAUGUCCUCCUCACCGUUACCUACACACACAAACAGAGAGAGAGAGAGAGUGUCGUGUCCCGGUGUACUAGGUGGUCUGCUGAGUACAAACCGUCUUCCCCCGCCUCCUCCUCCUCCUCCUCCUCCUCGUCUUCAUCGUCGUCCUCUUCAUCGUCAUCCUCAUCCAUGUCGUCAUCACCCCUAGCGCCCUCUCCAGCCCCCUCACCCACACCCAUGUCUGUGUCGCCGCCGCCGCCGCCGCCGCUGCUGCCGUCCCCCUGCUGCUGCUGCUGGGCCUGUGCGGCCUCGACUAGGUGCUGGGGUGGCGGCACGAAGGCGUUGGGGUCCUCCUGCUCAUCCGUCCAACGAAUAUUCUUCAUCACAACCUGAUGAAACGAAAUGAGAGUGAGAUGCGUGUGUGGCGUGUGUGUCUGACUGACUGACCCGUGGUUUGUCGCUGAGUAUGCUGCGGGUGAGUUUGUCAGGGACGGGGUCUUCGGGCGGGUUGGCAUCCAGCGCCUCGUCCUCGUAGAAGUUGUUCAGGUAGUAGCCCACCCUAUACACAGGCAGGCCGCCACAGGCGCACGCGCACACACACAGCCAGACAGACACAGAGGAAGCAAUCGUGUGGGCGACUGAUCGGCAUAGACACAGCCCACCCCACUGCCGUGCGUGGCGUGGGUACCUGAGGAACUCCUGUUCGUUGUAUGCGGCGGUGAUAAUGACCACCGUGUUGCCCACGACGUCGGACUUCGGGACCUUGCUAUAGUCAGGCGCACUCGUCUGCACCCACAACACAACACACCAACAACCACACACACAGCCAUCCACCUCACUGUCGGCAUGAGAGAUCUCUCGAUGGCUUCCUUGCCUGCAGAAUGAACCGCAUGACGCCGACGGUGAGAGGUCCGAGGAGCACCGACUCGAGCGUCUGGUCGUACUGGUCAAACUGCUGGUCCUCCGCUACGCCUGUGCUGCCCACAUACGUCACCUUCCACUCCAAGUCUGCACCAUCACAUCACACAAACGCAUCGCAUCAACACCAUCACAUCACACAGACGGACGGAUGCACCCAUCUCAUCUCAUCUCGCCGCCACCCAAUGAAUGCAUCCUGGUGGGUGGUGUGGUGUGUGUGGCGUCGGUCGGUCGGUACAGUACCUUUCUCAAGCUGCUGGAGGCACUCGAAUGUGAUUUCGAACUCGAAGGGCUGGGUGGCCUUGCAGGGGUUGUUCCGCACACUCACGUUGGUCACGUUGAUGGCCGCCAUCUGUGUUAGCUAUGUGCCCCUCAAUGCAUUGAAUCAGACGCUACGACUAUUCUUAUCUGUCAGGAUUGCCAGCUUGGCAAGACG